AUGGCGCCAUCACCGCAAGAACUGUCCAUGUUCCUGGACCCCUUGGUCCCAGAGUCACUUACACACAAUACGCGGACCCUCUCCAAUAUCCGCUCUAUCGCAGGCCUCCUCCUCGGCAUCGCCGCCGGCAUCCUGGGCCUCGAGUCCCUAACCGGCUUCGGCUUCUACCUCGCGUGCAACACCCUGAUCUCGGCGCUCUUCUACUUCCUCCUCGCGGGCGCUUCGCCGCAAAAGUACUUUGCCGGCACGGCCGGGUCGAGGGGCCUGAACGACUCCCCCAAAGGCGGGAGGAACGAGGGGUCGGGAGCGUGGCGCGAGAUCUGGUUCGGGGGAGGACUGUUCACGGAGGCUCUGAGUGGGUUCGUGUUGGGUUGGGCGGGCGUAGGGGGUGUGAUUCGAUGA